AUGCUUCCAAAGCUAUCGGAUGCCACCCAAACUAUAUCUUUCUCUGAAGGAGAUGGAGUGUGCAGCGCAGAAGUGUACUCCACCAAUGUGGUGGUGACGACUAAUGCUGGUAACCAUGAUCAUGGCAGCUCGAAGGUGAAGCUCAAGAAUUUAGUGGAUUAUAACUGGGAACCUAAAUUUUAUUCUGGACAACUGCUGGCUAUUCAUACCAGCGGCAAAUAUUUGGCAUAUUCUAUUAAAGCUCCUAAUGCAGUGAAUCCUGGCACAUGGAGUGGAAUGGUCCGUGUGGUUUACAAUCCCGAACCUGGUUCAGACAGGCGUGCUCUUAUCAAGGGUAUGAAAGGAGAGGUACAAGACUUGGCAUUCGCUCACAUCCAAAACCAGGUUAUUCUCGCCUGUAUUGACGAACAAGGCAAUUUUUACGUCCAUGAGAUUGAAGUCACAGACAAUGGCUUGAGAUGCACGUUACUAGCCGAGGUUCGCGAAGAUACAGGUGUAGUGGGCACAUCUCAUCGCGUAGUGUGGUGUCCUUACAUACCCGAUGAUGAGGACGAAUCUGCUGAAGAUGACGUCGCCCGUCUGCUGCUCACCACCCACGACAACAUCGCUCGGCUGUGGAACACGCGCGCGCUGUCGGGCGUGUCGGGCAUGAGCGCGGCGGGUGCGGGGGGCGCGGGGGCGGGCGGCGCGGCGGGCGCGCUCAACGCGGGCGAGCACGGCGCCGCCAUCCUCGACGCCGCCUUCUCACCCGACGGCAGCGCCCUGGCCACCGCCUCGGCCGAUGGAUAUGUUAUGUUCUUUCAGGUAUAUAUGCACGCAGACAGCAGUCCCAGGUGCCUACAUAAAUGGCAACCCCAUGGAGGGAAACCUCUCAGCUGCCUGUUCUUUUUAGACAAUCACAAGAAUUAUAAUACAGACGUCCAAUUCUGGAAAUUCGCCGUCACCGGCGCCGAAAACAACACGACAAUUAAGAUCUGGUCAUGCAAAUCCUGGACUUGCCUGCAAACAAUCACGUUUACUCCUGGAUUCGCAGCAGAGGCAACACUAGGCCUCAAAGCUAUGUUGGACACCAGCGCCAGUUACCUGUUACUCUCAGAUUUCAAAUCUAGGAGUCUGUAUGUUCUAAACAUGGCCAGGGAUUCAGAAGACAAUAUGGCGUAUUGUAAAAGUAUUUCGGAGUUUCUUCUCCCUUAUCCAGUGUUGAGUUUUUGCAUCCUUGAUGCUGAAGAACAGCAAACCAAGUGCGAACCAAACUGCGAUGACCCAUUCCACCGCAACGGGUCCAGCGGUGACGCGGGUGACUCGCCCGACGACUUUGAGUUACAUCAUGACGAGUCCGGUUCGGGCGGGUCGUGCGGCUCGGGCUGCGGACGCGUAGUGGUGCGCCUGUACAUCGUACAGCCCAAGGGCCUGCAGGAGGGCCGCCUGGUCUACUCGCCCCCCGCCAACCCGCUGCACGCUGAGCUCAUGCACGGACUAUCAGAUCUCAAUUUGGAAGAGAGUGCUUUAGAAUCAGCGCCGACUGCCAUCGCAUCGAGUAUCUUGCAGCAACAGAGUCAACAACUGAAAAACUUGCUCAUGCGGUCUCAGCGAGACGUAAUGGACGAGUAUAAUGAUCCGCAGACGCAGCCGGGCAGUCUCAUCGGACAGCGGCCGGAGUCGCCCACACUCACGCCCCAGCUCAACCUCAUGACGCCUGACGCCUUUAGUUCUCCAGGGAAAAGAGAAGAGGACGACCCACCUCUGUCAGCCACUCCUGAAGUUGGAACUAAGGCACGGGCAUCUACUGGAGGUGGCUGUGUAGAGGAGUCUGGUGGGUCCGGCGGUGGUAUGCCAGCUUCAACUGGCUCUAGCCCGAGUCGAGAGGUGCAGGAGAUCAUGGCACACAAUGAUCAUUCAUUCUACAAAGAUAUGGAAGAAGAAGCUCCCCUCUCCCCGGAGCCAGAGCCCGUGACCUCCGUGUCGAACGGGGUCGAAGACCUGUUCGGAGCUGAGGAAAUGUACUCAGCGUCCGAAGCGCCGCCUCCACCGCCCGCCUUGCCGUCGCCUCCAGCACCACCUACAACACACAUACUAACACACACCAACAGCGACACAUCGUGGCCGCAGAUCUCCAUGGCGCAGAUCACCGAGGCGAACCAGCGCAAGGCGUCGAGCGACAAGUCGAGCAGCCAGUCGCUCAACAACUCGCUCAACGUGUCGUGCGUAGAGCGCGCCUGCAGCGAGGAGGUGCGCUGCAGCGGCCUCUCGCCCGCAGACAAGACCCGCCUCGAGGCGCUCGAGCACAAGCUGGACAAGCUCACAGACCUGCUGCAGGCUCAGAGCCGUGAGCUGCGAGCUCUGCGCGGGUCGGUGUCGAACCCGCGGGAGCUGGUGGACGAGGCGCUCCACGCGCACGCCGCCAGGACCGCCGCCGCCGUAGAGAGUGCUCUGGCUGACGGGUGGGAGCGCAUCGCCACGCUGGGCGAGGCGGCGUCGUCCCGCGCGGCGCAGGCGGCCGGGCUGGGCGCGGCGCGGGCCCUCGAGCCGCUGGCGCAGGCGCUGCAGCACGAGCUGGCCGCCAAGCUCACCGCCACCGACCUGCUGCUCAGAGACAACAUCGAGAAACUCGCCAACAGCAAGACGAUGAUGGAAAGCUUGAGCACAUCAAUAGCCAAGUCCCUCUCAGACAUGGUGCGAGAAUCAUUCCGUGACGCAUUGUUCGAGAGUGUGGUGCCUGUCAUGGAGAAGGCGCACGCGCAGAUCUUCAGACAGAUCAACCAGGCCUUCCAGAACGGCACGAAGGAAUUUGCCGCGAACACGGAGGCUGCAGCGCGAGCCGCAGCAGAGCGAGGCGGCGCCGCAGCCACGGCCUCGCUACGAGCCGCGCUCGACCGCCACGCCGAAGCGCUCAACUCCUCGCAGCCGCAGCACAUCCACCUCGCCAACGUGCUGCGGGAGACGGCGCACUCGGUGUUGGAGAAAGAGUUAUCCUGGUGGCGGGAGCAGGCCAGAGCCGCGGCGGUGGGAGCCUCGCGAGCACACUCGCCCUCGACACCGCACUCACACCACGCUAUCGACCGACAGAUGCAGGUGGCGCAGAUCCAGGCGCUGAUAGCGGGCGGGGACGUGAACGGCGCGUUCCAGCAGGCGCUGUCGGCGUCCGACCUGGCGCUCGUGAUGUGCGCGUGCCGCGCGGCCGAGCCCGGCGUCGUGUUCGGGCCGCCCUGCAAGCUCAAGCAGCACGUGCUGCUGUCGCUCGUGCAGCAGCUGGCCGCCGACAUGCACCGCGACACGCACCUCAAGCACCGCUACCUCGAGGAGGCCGUGAUGAACCUGGACACGGCCAACCCCGUGACGCGCGAGCACCUGCCCGGCGUGGUGCGCGAGCUGCAGAAGCAGCUGGUGGGCUUCCUGAACGCCGCGCCCGCGCACGCCUUGGCCCGCCAGCUGCGCAUGCUGCUCAUGGCCACCGAGGCGCUGCUCAAGGCGCAGGCGUGA